CCUCAUAUCAACAUCAACAAUGGCGUCAACGGCUGACACAACAGAAGUUUGCACUCCAGUAGAUGACACACAAACAGAACUGAAUGAAGAAGAUCUCACCAGUAAUACAUGUAGUAAUAACGACACAAAACCAGCCAAUGAUCCAGGAGGUUGUUUAACAGACACUGGAAAAAUUGUUACACAGGAAACCGGUGAUCAAAAUAUAGAAGAACGAGUAAAUUUUAAAGUUAUUUAUAAUAAAUCUAAAUAUGAUGUCAACUUUGGUUUAGAUGAAACAGUUAAAGAACUAAAAGAACAUAUACAGACAUUAACAGGAGUACCACAAGCUAUGCAAAAAUUGAUGUUUAGAGGCCUUGCCAAAGAUGAGUUGACAUUAAGAGAAUUAAAAGUAACAAAAGGAGCUAAAAUAAUGGUAGUGGGCUCGACAUUAAAUGAUGUAUUAUCUGUUAGUGCUCCAAGUAAAAAAGAACUUGCUGAGGCUGCCAAAGCUGAAGCUUCUGCAAAAGAACCUUUCAGUGAAAUGAAACAACAUAAAAAAGUUUUAGAUAAAUAUGGUAAACCUGAAGAUAUAACACCAGGUUAUAGAAAUAGAAAAGAACCAUUACCAACGGUACCAUUAUCAGGAAUGUAUAAUAAAUCAGGGGGGAAAGUUAGACUUACAUUUAAAUUAGAAUCCGAUCAACUCUGGAUAGGUACAAAAGAAAGAACUGAUAAGAUACCGAUGAAUUCUAUAAAAGCUGUAGUUAGUGAACCCAUCAAAGGUCAUGAAGAUUAUCAUUUAAUGGGAAUACAACUAGGUCCAACAGAAGCUUCAAGAUAUUGGAUUUACUGGGUUCCAGCACAAUACGCAGAUUCUGUCAAAGAUUCUAUUCUAGGAAAAUGGCAGUUUUUUUAGAAUAUUAUGAUCGAAACAUGCAUCAUAUAAACUCAUUAGCAGCUCUAGCUGCCGUUAUAUCCAGGGAUUUCUGUUGUUAACCAUUAACAGCUGACUGGAUGUUCCAACAUCUACUGGUGAAUGUCUAACAGCUGUCUGGAUGUUCCAAUAUCUACUGGAGAAUGUCUGUGAAUUUGAGCACUUUAAAUAAACUUAGACUGUGGAUAAUUUUGUGCUUGAUAACAUUUGCUAACAAAUAACCUUCAUCUGUAGACAACAAAAAUCAAUACACAUCGUCAUCUUAUUGAUUUUUAGCCAUCAAUGAAAAGUAAAUUGAAUAGGAAUGUGAUAGAUUGAUACCCAAUAUGACAAUAAAAAAUAUUAUUUUCUGCAAAUCAAGGAAUCCAUCUUGUAGAAGUGUAAAAUGCCCUCUGUCUUCCAUCAGAGAAUUUAAAACAAUCAUUCAAGGCUGUGUUCAGAAUAUGGACUAGUGAUUUUCUGUUAUGAUUAGGGCAAGAUUUGAAGAGAAUGGUAGACAUAGGGCAUGUCACAUCCACUGCUGCUAAACUGUUGAAUGUAGUUAAUAUUAAAUAACAUUUUCUAUUAUCAGAGUUUUUGAAGGCAGAAGUAAUAUAUUCAAAAUAUCGCCAUCGGAUGAAAAAACGUCCCAGGGUCCCAUACAGUGUACACCUAUGACUAAUAUCCACAAUUAGGAUGUAUUUUCCUUAUACUAUACACCCCAUAUUUAUUAGUUUACAAUAACCUUGUUCAGAAAAAUGAUUGUGCAUGAACAUCGUAACUCUUGAAAUUGAAUUUUUAUGACACACAUUGAAAUGUGGUCGUAUAUUGUUGUCGCCUCCGUCUGUUGGUCCUUGUGGACACACUACGGUCUCAAGUUAAUAUUUGAUUGACUUGAAAUUUAUACACAGUGUUUAAGGUCAUAAGAUGAAGAGGCCCCUUGAUUUUCAACAAUUUCCAAUAAUUACUGCCAGAGUUAUGGUCCUUGAUCACUCUAAAAUUCUUGUGGAUGCUCUGGAGGCUAAAGUUAAUAUCUGAUUGAUUUUAAUUAAAUUUAUACACAGUGUUUAAGGUCAAUAUAAGAAGCCAAUUGAUUUUCAACGAUUUCUGAUAAUUACUACCAGAGUUAUGGCCCUUAAUCACUUUGAAAUAUCUUGUGGACACUCUAGAGUCAGGAUGCUAAAGUUAAUAUCUGAUUGACUUGAAACUUAUACACAGUGUUUAAGGUCAUGAAAUGAAGAAUCCUAAUGAUUUUCAACGAUUUCUGAUAAUUACUGCCAUAGCCCUUGAUCACUUUAAAAAAUCUUGUGGCCGCUUUAGAGGCUAAAGUUAAACAUACAUUAUGCAAGAGCUAAAUAUCCCUAUUGCAGGUCUUUCUUUAGGCCUGAAAUGUUAUCUAAGUUAGUGGCUAAAGUUAAUACCUGCUUGACACAGUGUUUAAGGUCAUGAGACGAAGAAGCCUACUGAUUCUGAACGAUUUACACAGUGUUUAAAGUUAUGAGACGAAGAAUCCGAUUGAUUUUCAACGAUUUCUGAUAAUUACUGCCAUGGCCCUUGAUCACUUGGAAAAAUCUUGUGGAUGCUUUAGAGGCUAAAGUUAAACAUUCAUUAUGCAAGAGCUAAAUAUCCCUAUUGCAGGUCUUUCUUUAGGCUUGAAAUGUUAUCUAAAUUAUUAAUUAGACAUUAAUUAACUUAUCCAGAUCAUAAUCAACUCUCGAUGCCAUCCCUAACCUGUGACAUUAAGCAGAUUGGAAUACAUUUUGUGAAGGUUGAUUAAACAUAAAAUUGGAUAAUCAAGACUUUGUUUUUUUUAUCGUACAGACAUUAGAAAUGAUGAAAUCUUUAGCAUAUUCUAUUUACAUUAUCUAUUUUUUAACUAUUAUAGCGAGAACUGUCAACUCUUUAUCUAAUCUUUCAUAAUGACCCUUUAAUAUCUGAUUGACUUUAUAUUUAAUACAGUGUUUAAGGUCAUGAGACAAAUAGGUUUUUAGUGUGUUGUAAAUGUUUUCAGUUCUGACAAAAGAAAAAAUAUCCAACAACCUUUGUUGACUCUCUGGACGACUUAGCUGCUGUGGGGGUAUGUUUCAUUGCCUGGCAACCUAUCUUUUUUCACCUUAUGUCAUUGUUGGUGGACAUGGUUGAAAUUGCAGUUUAUAUUUCUAGGACAGUCAUCAAUGUUCACCUGAAAGCUGCCAAAAUUUCUAUAUUUUAUAUGAAUAAAACAAAAUACCAGCAGAAUAUUUUUGGAUUAUUGCACAUAUGCAAAUAUUAUCUUUGCUAAUAUUUCAAAGUAAGUUGUACAUUUUCAUCAUGUAAACAAUACAAAUCUCUGGUACAUAUUCCAUGUGUAUUAUAGUUAUACUAUACUAAUCAUAGAACUGUGGACUACUUGGAGGUUAAAGAGGCAUUAUCACUUUCAACAUGAAAAGUUUUAUUAAUUUUAAAAAAAGCUUAAAAUAGGGCUGGACAGAAUGAUUUGAUUUGUAGCUGACAACUAACUAACUAGUACCAUUCUGCAUACAGAGAUCCAUCUACUUCAUACUUCGAGAAUAGGUCUCUGCCCUAAAUGGCCGCCAUAUCCAAAAAUUAUUAUACUGUUUUGUAAUGCAGUUCUAGUCCGUUUGAUAUCUGUUAUACACACAACGACUAAAUGAACUUUUUAAAAUGGUGAAUUUGUGACUGACAUUGUCUUUGACAGGUAGCUUAUUUCCAGGCUUGUUUAAAACAUAGAAAAAGACAGUCUUGGCGUCUGGCUUUGGUAAUAUCUAAGAUGUUGUAUUUGAGCCGUAUGAAAAUGCUGAAAGUGUCUGAAUCUCUGUAAUGCCAUCAGAUUCUGUUCACAUGAUUGUAUGAGAAUGUCCAAUCUAAUCAUGGACCAUGAAUACUGGCACUUUGAACUAAAAUGCCCCGGUUUUAGACUCUGUCUGUGAAGAAUCUUUAUGAUUUUUAAAUUCUGGUUCUCCGUUAUCAUUGGUUGUACCUGUGGGGCUGACAAGCAAUGUUUGCCUAGUAGUUUGGAUGAUUAGAAAAACUGAGGUCCACCCCAUGCAUGUAUCAAAAAGGCCUUGGCAGUUGGAAUUCAAUGAAGAGCAUGCAGAAUCCCACACACAUUGCACACCUAACCCCUGAAAUGAAAAUACCAUUAUGUUAGUCUCAAAAUAAAAUGAUCAAAGCAUUGUGUUGAGGAGAUGUUAAUUACCAAAUGAUUGAAAAUCCACCUACUCACAUUAAUGCCUCUUAUGCUUCCAAUAGUCUGAGAAAGUAAGCCAAACUAUGAAACAUGGUCACAAAGCGAGGCUAUAUAUAAGGUCAUCCUGUUAAUUUGGUCUGUUGUUGAACUGAUCUUCUCAAAGUAAGGUCUUUAAACUUAUUAACAAACACUAACUGGUGGUUAUGCCUCUUAAUGCUCUCCAUAGUCUGAGAAACUAACUGUAUGCUAAACUAUGAAACAACUGAUUAUGUCACAGGUUUCUGUAACGUAAAUCCUUUUCAAAAAUAACAUUAAGCUAGAUUCUCCAACUAAUGAAAAUUGGUGAGUAUGACAGAAUUUAGGGUGGACUUUGAUCCCACCUUUUGUUUUCUUUGUGUUUCUCACCUUUCUAUAUUAUAUUUACUGAUACAGAAGCAGUUCCAGACAAGUUAUUUGCCCCUGAGUUUGAUAAUCUCGAUUACAAACAUGAACCUAAUAGACUUUAGACAUAAUACUUAGUCACAGCUUAAUGUCAUGUUGAAAGAGAUUUUCCUCGUUACAAGCACCUGUAGUUAUAAUAACCACAGGUAGUCCUGUUGACUGUGUUGUUUAAAUAAAUGUUGGAUAAUAUUUUUCUCUGUGAAUGAUUGUUAUAAUACAGACAGGAGGUAUAUAAGAUAUACAUGAAGUAUAAGAUGAAUGCUUUCUUUUUGAAUAUGGUUGCUGAUUUUUUUUGUCAUAUAGCAUUUAUUUAUAGACAUAAAUCAUUAAUGGUGAAAAACUUUUGUCAAAGACAGUUUUACUUUUAUAAAUAUAUAUAUAUUGGUUAUUUUUAAAAUUGAUGUAGGUCUAUUUAUCAAUCUUACUUUAAUUAUGAUCAUACUUAAUUUGGUGACUUUGACUUCAUCCGGCCUGAAACUUUGUUACAGAUGCAAUAUAUAAGAGCUGAAUCUGUCUAUUGCCGGUCUUUUAUUUGGCUUUAUUUUGACAUUUAUUCACAUAACAAGCCCAUAAUCACCCCUCCAGAUCAUCGGAUGGCUGAGAUAUUGGAUGGAUUAGACAGUGUCUGCCAUAUCUUCGUUAAGCAUUAAAAUGGAAAAUCAAAGCUUAACUUCUUAUCACAGCAAUUACAGUAUAAAACAUUAAUUUUUAAUUCUUUUUCUAUGAAACGUGUAAAUUUGAGCUUUGUUGGUUGGGGUGAUGCAGCUGAAGAUAUUGAACGUUAUAUUCGUCGUUUCAGAUAUGCGCCAUAAAUUGCCAUUGAUGCCCUGAUUCUUCAAAUCCCCCAACCAAAUAUCCUGCGUCUGCCACUACUCUCAUAUAUAAUGGAGUUUACAAGUAAAAUGUAUACACCACACCAAUUUGAAAUUAUGUUCGUUCGGAACACCUACCAGUAUUAGAAUUUUCCUUCCUAUAUCUUUAGGGGGAAAAGUAUAUAAUUCAAAAACGAAAAAUACUUGAUUACUUUUCUCAACUGUUUUCAUUUCUAAAUUUUUAAAAUAAAAAAAAAGCCUUAUUCAUGUGAUUUGGGAGGCAAUUUAAGUAUCAAGGUGUCUGAAAUCGAAAAAUUAAAUUGGUUUGGCUUUAGUAAGUUAUUUUGUGUAUGAUCGAAGUCCCUUUAAUAAAGAUGCUAUAAUAAUUUGUUUGAAUAUUUAUCCUGUAAGUUUUGAGAAUUUUUUUUAUAGAAUGUGUAGUGAAUCGCAGUGGCUCGGUGAGUAGUAAGGUGCUGGCUCACUGACAGGAGAUGCUGGUGUCUGCUGAGAAAGUUCCUAGGCAUUUUCCAGCAUGGUUCCCCCUUGUCAGUGCGAGACAGUGUUGAGUCAUUCAGAUUGGAUGAAAAACUAUGGCCCUGUGUAUACACAUUGGCGUACACUUAAAAGGGCCCUUGGCAGUUGGAAUUGAUGAACAGUAAGUUGAAACACUGCUGUCCAGGCAAAAUUCCUCUCACAGUAUACUGCAUGGCGUAUGCCUGUCUUUAUUAGCCUGGUUGGUGCAGAACAGUAGGAUGUUAAUCCCCAUAUCAUUUCAAUUUUUUAAAUUUGUAAGCCAUUUAUCAUGGAAAUUUGUAUCUCUACUCAUAUUGAAAAAGCUUGAAAGCAUCUACUUGUCAUAUUGUCACAUAAUUUUGUUUCACUUCUUUAUUUGCAUGAAUUGUGCUUAUAGACAGAAUAAAUAUAGAAAUUUUGUUUAAAUUUGUUUGUGUUCUGGUCUGAUACUACAACCUGUCUUCUUUAGUCCUGUUGAUGCAGAAAAAAACCCCAAUGUUAAAUUACAUUUCUGAUACACAGGGGCUUUAGCAGAUAAUUGUACUGAGAAAUAUUAAUACAUGUAGUAGUCUGAGAAAGUUAACAUUAAUUGCAAUCUUUCAAUUGAUGUCAAGUAAUGAUCAGUUGAUUUGACUUUAGUGCUAUUCUGUAUUCUAUUUUUAUUGUCUUAUUAACCCUUUAGCAUUUGGACUGCCCGAAACUGUACUGGUUUGGGUGCCGUUGAUCGCCCCAAACUGCCCCAUAUUGUGCAUAGCUGUGGCACACGCAAAAUGGUCAGAUAAUACCGAAAGCUAUUCACGUAUCUCGGGCAGUUUGAGGUGGUGAAAUAAGGAACAUCAGUUUCAGAUUGUUUUGGUCUGUCCAGGGAUGUAGGCCUACCGGUAUUAAUAUAUCACUUUUCUCUAAUUUUCUACAAGGAACUGGGGUAGUCAAUAUUGACAUGUACCAAGUGCUAAAGGGUUAAGAUUCAGACUUGUAUUGGGAUGUCUUGAAACUAUUGACAUAUAUUUAGUGGUAAAAAAGUAUGGUAUAUUAUGUUAUUGUUUGUUUAUUAAAACUAGAUACAUCUUGGUAUAACCACUGUUUGAACUUACCUUCAACAACAUAGACAUUGCAUUAAUUGGUGAAUCAGAUUUUGUUGACAGGUGGUCUCUAUGGAUACAGCCAUUACAGUCCCCUUGUGAAAAUUUCUUACAUUACCUUGUCUAACAUAUACAAUAAUGCUAGACAAGAUAAUGUAAGAAAUUUUAAUCCCUUCAAUUCCUGUGCAAUUUGAAGGAGUUUAAGUCUGAUGGUUAUACCAAAAUGAUAGCUAAUGAAUUUUUAGUCGAUUUACAAACCCCCUUUGUAUUCCCAGUCAUUCUUUCUUCAAAUUGGCUCUGAAAUGACAAAAUUAUAUUUGUUCAUAUUUAGUCCAAGAUUUUACCCAAAUAACCAUAGACCUAUAGAUUGUUUCAGAAAUGAAAAUAACAAUAUUGUAUAAAGGUAAUGGUAUUAAUUUAAUUAUUUCAGUGCCAAUUAAUACAGUUGAUGUAAAAGUUUUUGUUUAUGAUGUAUUACAAUGAUCUUAUCAUUUCAUUAACACUUUGUUUCUAGCAUUUUGUUUGGACUUGUGAUAUUUAAAAUAAAACUGGAGUUACUUCCCUUCAA